GUUAUCGAUGCAACACCAACACACCCUCCACAUCAAAGAGAAGUUGAAGCUGCAGUGAGUUUCUUAAAGCGGGUGCAGACCUUAUAUCGAUUUAAGGUUGAGGAGGUGCUCCAGAGGCGAGUUGAACUUUACAAUAGAAAAGCCCGCAAUCGCUCGAAGAAGAACCAGGAAAUAAGG